UUUCCGUGUGUUUGGAGGGCCCUCAGGGAGUUUCCUCUGAGCUUCCCAGAGCCCCAGAGGUGGUGCACUCUUAAACCAAGUUCAGGGCAUGCUUGGGGCUGUGGAGGUGAUGGCAGGAAAGGACAAGGGAUCCAGCAGCAGGUUAAAAACUGAGGACAGUGUAUGUGAAGAGGAGUCAUAUGACUAUAAGCUCAUCUUCAAGCGCUUCAAAGAAAAUAAGGUGGAAAUCGCAAGCGCCAUCACAAAGCCAUUUCCUUUCCUCAUGAGUCUGCGAGACCGUGACUUCAUCUCUGAGGAGAAGUUCCAGAUUUCUAGAAAAAAAUGUGAGAACCCGGAUGCAGUGAGAAAUGAGAUGUAUGACAUCCUCUGCGACCUGCAGAAGGACUUUAGCCUGUCCCUUCUGGAAGUGAUCUUCAGCCCAACACAUCUGAAGGCCUACCCAGACUUAAAUGAGACUGUAAAAAUCUUCCGAGAUGAUACCGUGGAGACUGGGAACAACACUACUGUAGGAAAAUCCCAGGGGAAGAGAAAUAACAGCAGAGCUCGUGGCCAGGCAGCUGUCAAAAGAAGGAAAACAAAAAAGAAACCAGGAGGCUCUGCCAAGACUGUCAAGCGCAGGGCUCCAAGACUGGGCAAGAAUGAAAUUAAACAACUCAAGGCUGACUUGCUUCCUGUGACGUGUGGGCACAUGCAGGGAGUGUUGCACAAAAGGAGAUUCAAGCAAGGGAUCUCCGUGAAGUCCAUACAGAGUAAGGAUGGGUACUGGUUCACCCCCUCUGAAUUUGAAAUCCUGGGAGGCUACGAAAAAUCAAAGAACUGGAGAUUGAGUCUGCGCAGCUGCAAUAGAACCCUGAAGUUCCUGAUCCAGAAAAAGUUUCUACCCAGGCUUUCAAGAGCUUACAAGAUGAAAAAGGAUGAGUCUGCACCUGGAUGUAUAUGAGAACAGCACCAUCUGUUUGGCACCACCUAUAUAACACAAACUGACAAUUGACAAAUGCCUCGGAACAGAAGAGGACCUCUCUAUAGAUUUAUUAGUGGUCUGGGACUAUAGAAGCAUAUGGGCAAACUCAAAUCGUACCAAGAAAACCAAACCCAAGAAUUGAUCACACACACCAGUCUGGGCAAAGCGUGCGACCCCUUAUCUAUGUCCUAUAAGGAGGAUGCCAAGCCCUGUGGUGGUGAUGGUUCCCACCAAACUAUCAUCCUACCACUUUGUAUGUGCAUCGACUGACCAACAGGGGGAGAAUUCCUAAAGGUUCUAAGGGCUUCAGUUCAGCUUGGUCCCUGCUACUUCCAGAGAUUACUCAAAUUGGCCAUCUACCAUCCUUCUAUUGAUCCAUCUGGACCUGCCCUUCAAUGCAUCAGCUCACCCAUUCAUCUGGACCUACUCCUGAAUUUGGGUUCCACAGCUGAACUCAACUCUAUAGCUCACCCUGUCUGUCCCUACAGCCAAACACUGCAACAGUAACUUCAACACCCACCUGUCUCCAGCUCAUUAUCUGACCUUACACACACUCAUUUCUAACUGCAUCCCAACUCUGGCUUCUCAGGCCUUUGCCACCUUAACUCUUGGUAGCUAGUCCGUAACAUACAUAUAUAGAUGGGGGAUAGUGGCAGAUAGAGAUGAACGUUACAUAUAUGUGCAAUGUGUGAUCCGAGAGUUAAUCAUUAAUAUUACAAGAGCUCUCAUCUCAUCUGAUCGCAAGUGACUUUAACCACCACUCCCUCCCUUCUCUCCUUCUGUAUUUUACCCAAGCUUAAAUUUGGGGUGCAAAGGUUUUUCCUCUCUCUCUCUCUCUUUUCUCUCUCUC